AUGUUACCAUCCUCUCAGGACCAACUACCGAGUGAGAAAACGAGUAGAACAACGGCGGAUGCGGUGCGACGAGUGGCCGCUUAUCCCAUAGACUUCAACACGGCGCAAAGCAGCACCAUAACACAUCAACAACAACAGCAGCUUAAAAGCUGUGCCGGUAUUGAUUUGAACCUCCAUCCGUUAUGCCAACAGCAUUUUUACACAGGAGAAAUGAUGCGCGGAGGGGAAGGGAGUAGAGGCGCUCUGAUCCCCCACGGGAAGGGGACUUUACUGUGGGUGUUGUAUGCUACAGCCCCAGAUAUUUCCUUCACGGAUCCCUCAGGGUCCGUGGGAUUACCAUACGAAUUGCUAGUCCGUGAGUUCGGGGAGGUGAACACACUGCGUGAUGCUGUGCUGCUUGCCCUUUGCGUGUACUCGGGUUCAUUCAACUCUGGCAAGAAAUGGGGCGGUGGUAGCCUCACCAUCUACCCCCAGUGCGUGAAGUUAGACUGCUGUUGGGAGGAUGGCAAACCCAUGUUGAAAAGAAACUACUGUGUGCUGUAUUACCCGGCCUCGUCACAGGCAGCGUCGUGCGGCGAUAGUGCUGGGAGUAACUCCGGUAGGAGCGGUGGCAGUUCCGAUUCUACUGCCAGUUUGGGAACACUACUGAGAAGCGGGCUGACACGCGCUGGGAAAGCGGCAACUGCAUCGACGGCUAAUCAUCAGUAUAUUGGUAUGCUUACCAUGACGACUGUUGCCGGGAAGGCACAAUGCUCCCUCACAGCGGGGCUGGCUUGGUCGCAACACGUGCAGUUUAUGCCGGAUGGUAUAGGAGAGAUGUGUUACCAGGGAGGCGUACGCUACUGUGGUGAGUGGAAGUCUGGCAGACAGCAUGGUUUUGGCGUGGAAUUUGACCCAAACGGCUUUGGGAGUAUGGUAUACAUUGGUAGAUUUGAAAACAACCGUCGGUGUGGUACGGGUACCUUGUACAAUUGCAAAGCAGGAGUGGUAGUUAGUGGUACGUGGAGUGAAGGAAAGUUGUGUAGUGCAGUAGAUGUAGGACUACCAAGUUGGCCCUUCGUGCUUCGCAACGCCCAGUGGACGAACGUUGAUGAAUGGUCGUUCGAAAAGGCUUCCCUAGUGCACUCGGAUACUUCACUGAAUGGUACAUGGGAACCUUUGUUCUCAGACUUUGAUAGCGCACUCACGGACCCCGCAGAUCUUGAAAAGGAAGAAAUGUUGUUGCAGAAAGGUACCAACGGGGGUAGAGACUCAGAUGCUGAUGGUGGCGCCGACGAAUGGGAACGGUCUAGUGUCAUCAUGCUGCUUCGAUCUUUCCUGCAGCGAACGGAACUCAAGGCGACUCUCAUGCUCUUCCAGCGCUGCUUUUAUUUCUUGUACAAACCGUGUGCGGGGGGAGCGCGGUGGCUUGAUGCAGAGAUGUUGACACCCCUGAGGAAGUCGAAACAGCAGCAGAAUGAUGGCGAGCCGGCAACAGUGGGGUCUUCUGGAGCCUCCCUUCCAGUGUUCGCAAAGCUCCGUGAUCUUGGUCGGACUGACUGUGGAAUUUCAUUUUUCUCAGACCGUGGGCGCCACUGGUGCGCCCCGUCGUGGUGUAACGAGAUGGGUUUAGGUAGUGGAGGGGGGAAUAGUACAGGUGGGGAUGGUUACGUUGGUUAUGGUUGCUUUCACACGGCAAGCACUGCAGAGGGUCUCGCGGCACGUCUGCCUCCUGAGGCACUCUUCAAAUGGGCUGCUCGUGACCUUGCUUUCGUUGUGUCAUCGGUUAGAUUGCGUUUGCUGUCGUGUAUUGCUUCACAUCCGGCAGCGGGUAGCCUGGUGGGGAGCAGGCACGUCCUCGCAGUUUGUUGGGAUACAGUGUACUCUUUAGUGGCACCGGUCAUGCAUGAUCUUGCGAGUGCCGUGGAAAUAAAAGCGUACUUGGAAACUUCUAUGGCAUUAAAGCGAUGCAUAAACCUCUGUCCUUCAGGUUUUGUUUGCUCCACUCACUUGUCAGAAGCUAGCUCUGCAGCGGUGAGCAAUGAUGAAAUCCAAGGAGUGAUAAGGCGAUGUGGUUUCGUCUUCUCCUCACCCUCCCGUCACUGGCGCCGUCGUGCAACGGAAACAAAUAACGGUAAACUUCUGCAGUUCGGACCGUAUGUUAGUAACGAAAUAGAUUGUACUAGUGAGGAAGCUGUAACUUAUGCGACACCAUCUACUCUGCUCGCCGCUUUCGCCACUCUCCGUUGCUAUGCCGAUCGUCUUUUCCCACGGAAUGAACUUCUGCGAGAACGAUGGAUGAGUGGUAGCAUUGCCAACGCCUUCACGAAGGCCGCGGAAGUGCAUCCGCAACUGGCGAUGAGUCCUCCUGCCGUACUUCGCGUGCUGGCCACCCUCGCUACAGAGGUCAACCCAGCUUAUCCCUUCGCCAUGGAAGACGUACUCGGCAUAGAUGAGCAGCGGGGCGUGACGCUCAGUUCAACUCGCAUCGAUAGUGGCGACAGAGAUGCGAGUAUAACGGAUGUGAUGUCAUUACUUCUAGCUGCGCACGAAAGCGCUGUACGUUUGCGGCAUGCUUACCCUAAUAUUCGUCAUGUGGUGAGUUAUGUGGUUUCCUCUGGAUCAGGAACGCACAAUGCACACAGAUUCGAUGCCGUUUACCCUCUUGAUGAAUUAGCUGUCCGUACCCGUUUUGUGCUUCUUGGGGUUGCCGCUGAAGUUGUCCAGCAGCAGCACAUGUGGUUCGGGCGUUUGGUUAGUAGGGAUAACGUCAGGAGUGGUAACGGGGAAUGCAACAAUAGUUACCUAUACUGUUCUGAUGAGGAUGUGGCUCAUCCCCAAGUGAUGAGUAAUGAUGCCUCCGGUGAUGAGCUGGCCCAAAUGAAGGAGCGCGCUGAGCGUGUUUUACGGCUGCCUGUGUGGGUGAUGCAAGAGCAAAUUAGUAAGCGGUGUGCAGAUCAGCACACGCCAGUGGGAAAAGGUGAGAGAAAGCUGCAAACGCAAACUCCGUCAACGGAGGUAUUGCGGUGGGUAAUGAAGUGCGUUGGAUCCAUAUUAGAACUACCGAAUGUUUCCAAAGUACAGGGCCAGUCGACGCAGCAGGCGAAAGCAUCAAGACAGCGGUCGCUCGACUCUUCGGUAAGGGUAACACAAGACCUUUGGCAAGCGGACCCGGUUCUGGCUGUUAGCAGUGAGUGUAACGACGAAGAUUGUGGUCGUAGGGAAUCCCUAAGUGACAGUGGUCUGCUGGGUCAGUCGUUUAAGUGGAAGCAUUUCCUUCCCAGUAUUCCUCCUUUCACUGUUGCUGCUGCUGACGCCCGCAGGCACACCGUAGCUGUCGAACUCGCCGCAACACAGUUUAUCACGGGAACGCAACCAGACGCGCUGCUAACAAGUGGUGAAAUUCUCAAUUUUGCACUGAUUCAAAAACUUUUGGCAGACGUAGGUGUUACUGCGAAACUUUGCAUGCGCUUCUGUUACGACAACGAGGAGGACUCCCUCUUCAGUCCGCAGUUAGGUGCUACUCGUGGUAACGGUGAGGACUUAACUCUUUCGUUCAAUUCGUUAAAUGCUGCCGCCAACGAGGAGGAAAGCGACACUCCGGCCUCCGUGAGUUGCGUGGGGCGUGAAGCAGAAUUUACACUUCAUAUGGGGUCGGACUUUAUCGGAUCGUUGUGUUGGGAUGUUUUGGCGGAUGCGUGGAUGGCGGCUUUGACGUCCCUGCGUACUGAAACAAUGGAUGUCCAAAGGCUAGCAAAAUUGACAGUUGUUCGUCAAUCUGAUACCGGAGAUGUUUGA